AGACAAGCUGGUUGAGUGGUGAUUGUUGGAUGUUGUUGGGAUGAACGCCAACCUUGAAGGAAUAUCGAGCCUCCAAAUGCAAAGCGAGACGGCAUGAUCCAAACAAGUUAAACGUGAAGGAACGAAUCGGAUACCUAUGAUUUCUUGAUGUUAGAACACCAUCUCGCCAUAGUUAUCACAGUAUGUUAAAAAGAAGUCAGAUCCUGGCGGUCUUCUUCGUGCCCCGCCCCACCAAUGAGACUGGCAAAGAUUCCUUGUAUGACAAGGGUAUCAUUCUGUCGCUCCGGGCUUGGCGGGAACGCGGGGCUUUUGACAUGGAUUUGGGAUUGACGGCUUGUUGCAGACUUGAAGCCAUGAACAUCCGAACAGCGAGUGUCAAGAACACUGGAACUUCUGUUUUUGGGCCACGUCACCAGCCUCAGCGACUUCGAAGUCAUUCACGACCGACCCCACGACCGAUCCAACGACCCGGGCUGUGGCGGAGUAUGCAGGUUGCCUUAAACGCACUGCGCUUGCCACAGUUUGGCGGCGACCCAACAAGCCGGUUCUGCAGGAAUCCGGUCGAUCGGUGUCGCUCACCGGCAGCACAUCGCCCAGCUGCGACCAUGCUCCUGCAUAUCCAUCCCAUAAAUCCGCCUUGCCCUGUGCUCGACAGCAUGCCAACUCAUCGCUGUUCAGCUCCCACGGUGAAAUCUUUCAUUCUUCGACCGGUGAUGACGACGACACAUUCCAAGGACCUGCAGUAGCUCGUUCGUGUAGUUGGUAACCCCGCUUCGAUUGCAAGAUCAUAGUGAUCAGAAGAUGGUGUCGAGCAGGUCCAAGGGCAAGAAGAGAACUUGCCGUGUCUCCAUUAUUAUCUACGGAGUACGAAGGCUGAAUUCAGUGUGAAAAGGAGCCGGUCAGGAAGGCCUUAUUUAGCCCACUGGAUAAACGGAGCACGUCAAUUGGUCAGAAAAUCAAAUAUGUUGACCAAUGAGAUAAUGCCAAUGA